AUGGACGCAAGGCCACAACGUCCCUCCCGUGCUGGAGCCAUCCAGCCGUCUGGUAACGAGAACAUUGCACCGGCCAAACAAGGUUUACAUCAGCGUCAUAAGUCGGCCGGAAAUCUGAAGACGAUCUACAACCCAGCUACCGCGUUCCCGGGAGGUGGUCUCAACGUUGCACCAAAGCGAGCUGUCUUCGGCGAGAUGAACACAAACGUCAAGAGCGGAGCUCAGGAUCUACCUUCAAAGAAGGCAUCCAUGGCUCCAGCGGUUUCUCAGGUGGGCAAGGAGAACUCUGGCAAACCAGCAACUCUGCAAAAGCCUGCACAACGAUCGGGCAAAAGCUACGCGAUGCUGCACCAGCAGCCAACAGCGGUUGAUACCAAAAAUGCUGGAGCUCGCAAGACCGCGGGUGAUUCACUCGCGAAGCCUCCUGUGACCAAGAAGACCACUUUCGUGUACCAAGACACGACUACGUCUCAACGCCUGGCGGAGUCGAGCCAGCAUGUCAUUGCUGAUCAUCCAGUAAUCCUCCCAAAACCCGACAUAAUCAAGAAUCCCCGUCAUUACAAAAGCCAACCUCAACUCAAGCUGGAUCAGCCUGUCCUCCGCCGGACUCUUAGCAGACAGUUCGCCGAGGUGGCGAGCCUGAUUUCACCAGCUUUGACGGAAGAGCCCCAAGACCCGCCAUACGAGGACGCAUUGGAAGAGAUUGCCGACAUCAACGAGCCCAGGGACGUUCCAAUCAGCAUACUAGGAGACUUCAUGGAGGAGCCAAACAUUGAGAUUAUCUCGCAUGAUGCUAUAAAUGACUACCCCCUCCAUGAACAUGUCCCAGCACCACCAACAGCAUUCGAGUCCGAAGACGGGUGGGAGGAGGAGGACGGCGACAUGGAUGACGACCAGGGUUACACCACUGCCCACUCUUAUCGAUCCCAUGGCGAAAACACCACGGGAGGAUUCACUGAACUACUAGCCCCCAAGGCAACGGCCAGAGUGCAACAGGAACUGGAGCAAGCCAAAGCCAUCGUCGAGGAAUCAAGGACGAUUGAGGAAAUCGAAGAGGAACAAUGGGACGUCAGUAUGGUGGCAGAGUAUGGAGAAGAGAUCUUUGAGUAUAUGCGAGAACUCGAGACCCGUAUGACUCCCGACCCCCAUUACAUGGAUAUUCAAACAGAGAUACAGUGGUCUAUGCGCUCCGUCCUGAUCGACUGGGUCGUUCAGGUUCACCACCGAUUCACACUUCUCCCUGAGACUCUUUUCCUGUGUGUCAACUACAUCGACCGGUUCUUGUCGCAAAAGGUCGUUUCGGUUGCCAAGUUACAACUUGUCGGAGCCACGGCCAUAUUCAUCGCGGCCAAGUACGAGGAAAUCAAUUGUCCCUCGGUCAAUGAGAUAAUAUUCAUGGUCGACAAUGGCUUCUCUGCCGAUGAGAUUCUCAAGGCUGAGCGUUUUAUGCUCAGCAUGUUGCAAUUUGAGCUUGGCUGGCCCGGUCCCAUGAGCUUCUUGCGCCGGAUCAGCAAGGCCGAUGACUACGACCUAGAGACCAGGACUCUGGCGAAGUACUUCCUCGAGGUUACUAUCAUGGACGAGAGGUUCGUUGGCUGCCCGCCAAGCUUCCUGGCGGCUGGAGCACACUGCCUGUCCCGGAUGAUUCUGGAAAAGGGUGACUGGGCUCACACAUACUGGUCGGGUUAUACCUGGUCUCAGCUCAGACCACUGGUGGCGUUGCUAUUCGACUGCUGCCAGUAUCCCGAGAAGCACCAUCAAGCCGUGUUCGAAAAGUACUGCGACCGCCGCUAUAAGGGUGCGUCGACGUUUGUCCAGAGGGCCAUCGCGCGCGGCUGGACGCCGCCUUUCCCCGUCCAGCAGCCAUUCGUGCUGGACGCAAACUCCUUCGCCGAGACCAUUGCCUCCUGCAGAAACUUUUCUUCAAUGGAAGUGGGACGCAUGAUGGCGACCGCUGGGCAAGCUUGA